UUAUCUCGUUUCUGUCAUUUUCUUUUGGUUUCCGAAAGGUCCAUCAGUGAGGACUCCCUGAGAAGGUACGUCAAAUUUGCAAGUGAGAGCUGCAUACAGGAGUUAUUGUCGGCUUCAGACUCAAACAUGUUGGGGAAUUGUAGUGAUGGAUGGAAGAUUCUCACCCUUGACAAUGGAGUAGAAAUUUCAAAGCGCAGGUCUGGAUCUCUUCACAUUUUCCGUAGUCGCUGGCUGCUCAGAUCUGUCUCACCCCAACAAUUCAUCACCGUUGCUAAUGCUAUAGAUGCUGCCAAGCAAUGGGACCCUGACCUGGUAGAAGCCAGAUAUAUAAAAGAUGUUGAAGAUAACUUAAGCAUUAUUCGUCUUAGGUUUGGAGAAAACUCGAAGCCUCUCUUCAGAAAAAGAGAAUUCAUAGUGUAUGAGCGACGUGAAACCAUGGAAGAUGGCACUUUGGUUGUAGCAGUGGCCUCAUUGCCCAAGGAAAUUGCUGCUGGAUUGCUUCCAAAGCAAAACAAUGCAAUUAGAGGAUUAUUGCUGCAAUCAGGAUGGGUUGUGGAGAAGCUUGAAGAUUUGAACUCCUGUAUUGUUACUUAUGUUGUUCAGUUAGAUCCUGCAGGAUGGCUUCCCAAGUGCUUUGUGAAUCGGCUGAAUACCAAGCUAGUUAUGAUCAUUGACAACCUUAAGAAACUAGUUCAAACUACUCCACCACAUCAAUCCUAG